UAAGAAGGAAAAGAGCAUAAAUGGCAUCUACGUAUGCCCACGGAUAAAGAAAACCCAAAUUCUUUCCGGCUUUGUUAUACAAGCGAAGCAACUUUUCUUGCUCAUUUGCCACUCUCUUUCUUGGAAACCCAUAGAAUUUGAAAAAGCUUUUAUUACAAGACAAAAGUGGAACCCAAUCUUCAUCAUUACUACUGAUAACAACAUCAUAAAAGAGAAGGCUAUAUUAAAGCUUGUGGGAUGAUAAAAGAAAUGAAAUGGGGUUCAAGAAACUAGGGCUGUUCUUUUUUGUGAUAAUCUUAUUUCAAAUUCAGCUUCAUCCUCUUCAUACACAUCCCUUGCAGAAUACCUCCACUGCUACUACUGGGCUCCAGGGGAUCGUCUCAGUAGACAGAAGGGGUGGAGGUGGUGGUGGACAUGGAGGAGGUGGACAUGCAAGCCACUCCACAGGAAGCAGAGCACAUGGCGGAAGGAUUAAUGGUGAUGAGGGGUAUAAGCAUGGUUCAACUGUGGUUCCACUCUAUGUUGCUGGGGCUAUGAGCCAUCACCAAAAUAAUCACCAGCGCCAUGGCUCUAAUGAGGCCUCCCCGAACCAUGCUGGCUCCAGUUAUUUGGUUCUCACAGCCUUAGCUGUUAGUCUUCUCACGUUCUUUGCAUAGCUUACAAUAGCAGCGUCUUCAUGUGUCUGUAUGUGUAUAAUAAUGUCCAAAAUAUUACAAUCACGACUGGAUUUUGAUGUGUGGUUUGUGUGUCUUCCUCCUGCUAUGGACUUCUGAAUAAAAUAACACACUUUCAAAUUGCUCAAGAA